AUGGAAGGUUUUGGGCAAAGGGAUGCUAUGCCUAGGUUGCAAUUGUCAUCUCAAAAAAUCCGCUGUGACGGAUUACUACCGUCGUGUAGCAAUUGUAAAGCGUCUGAAGCUUCCUGUGUCACGUCCAAGCAACUUAAAAGGCGAACGCGGCCCAGAAGACAUCUUGAGCAACAAGAAAGGUUACUCGAUGAGCUCAGAGCCCAAAAUGAAAAUUUACAGCGCGAGAUCCAGCAACUACGUUCUAGUCACUCCACAGAUUUGAACACACCCAAAUGGAGUGACCCUUCGCAUAGCUUUCAGGGCCCCAAAUAUCAAGUGCCACAAGCUGCAGUAUCGUCUGAUGCGGCAACUACUGCAAAUCAACAAGACCAAUCUAUUAUCAAGCAUCUGGGGCGCCUAGUGCCCUUAACACCGAGUGUCGACCGAUUUGCAGGAUCAACGACUGGUAUUUAUUUUAUUCGUUGCGCUGAAGCGGCUUAUAAGUCUUUGUUCAAUCAUGAAGAGGGUUUUCCAGAUGUUGUAAAUCGGCUCCAUCUGCUCGGGCCUGGUCCAGAAUAUUCCCAAACUCGACAUUUGUCAAAGUCAAGUAAUAUUUCUCGACCACCGCAUUUCCUGCUUGAGAACACACGAGCGUUUUACCUGCGUGGGGUGACAGACUUUUCAAAAUUUUGGUCAUCAAUAUGGCCAAUAUUCAUGGAGAAACAGUUUCUUUCUGCCUUCCACAGGGUUUUCGAUCUUGUUGAGACCCACGACCCUAACCUGUCACCUUCUGACUAUGUUAUCCUGAGACAAAUAUUUCUUGUCCUCUCUAUUACAGCGUGGCAGAAUCGGUCACCCACGGAGUGCAAUUCAUACUACCUCAAUGCCUUGGAAUGUUCCCGGUUAACAACCGCAUCCGAAAACGAGGGCCUUGCAGGACUCCAGUCCCUGCUUUUGACUUGUCUAUAUCUUCAGCUCACACGGAAACAUGAGGAAUGGGUUCAGACAGCUGGUCAGGCUGUUCGUCUCGCGCAAUCUCUAGGACUCCAUCGGCAUUCUAGGCGUUUCCGCUUUUGCGCUGGGGAAAUGGAAUUAAGAAAGCGGAUGUGGUGGUGCGUUUACGCAGUGGACGUCGCGUGCAGCGUAGUACAUGGCUUGCCGAAGCUGAUCCAAGACGAUGACGUGGAUACCGACCUGCCUAUUGACACGGAUCUCGACGAUGUGACUGCCUCUGACAUACCGCUCCCACUGCCGGGAGAGACAACAAGCAUGGCUACCUUUAUCCUUUACGUCAAGCUGCUCAGACUUUUCUCUAGCUGCCUCAAGUCGCUAUAUACCACUACUAAGCGGCGAAAUGGUGUCGCCAAAAUUACCGCAUUGGACCACGAGCUCUCGGUGUGGCACCAUAGCGUAGUCCGAUUCCAAGGCAGUGGGAUGAAAGAGAACGACGAUGCUCUACCGGACACCCUUCACAUCAAUUCAUCAGGUCAAUCGUUCGAGACACUGUUUCUACACUUCUUAGGAAACGUGGCUGUUGUGCUAAUUCACCAGCCAGCAUUGACAUUUGACCCGAAACACCCCCAAUUCAUGAAGAGCUUGUCAAGAUGCGUUCGUGCAGCACUCAAUAUACUCGGCCUUUUGGAAAGCAGUCAUGAUGGCCAACGACUUCAUUGUCUUUUUCCGAACAAGUCAUCAAUAGUCUUCCAGUCGACGCUAUUGUGCUUCUACCAUCAAUGGAUGUGCAUGUCAUUUUCGUUAACACCAAGUCACAAUCUCAAUCCAUUGAUGGGUAGAAUAGUAGAUACUGCCCUCAAGCUGCUCGAUAAGCACAAGGCGGAGCUGGUUGCUCCUGAUACCGGGCCAAACACAUGUAUUGACAUCGAAACGAUCUCAGCUGCUGAAGACCUAGUUCGAUUGUUUUCCAGACGCUUGGAUAAUGCAAGACAUGCGUCUGUGUCAAUUGAACGGACUUCUUUUAUGGCCCAAAAUUCCCUUCCAACAUCAUCAUUCCCGCCGCAAGCUGAUCUGGGUGGCCAUGAACCGGCGAAUUUCGAAAGUGAGUCACCAAUGGCGACGAUUCCUCUUGACUUUGGAAUAUGGGAUCACGAUAUCCUGGAUUUUGACUGCCUUGAGCUAUAAACAUCAAUUACCGGAAGUGAUUAUUCGGAAGCACUGCGGAUUUAUUGUCUUCGGAAUAUAUUAUGUUUCGAAAGAGGCAUCCAUCGAAGUCUCGUAAAGCCGCGUAAGAUGACAGGAAAGUGAAGCACCAGAUCACUUACUGGUCCACAAAGCGUAUUAACAAAAGUGAGUCAUAGGAUAGGCAUAUUACUGAAAAUAUGCAAUUGUCGGAUAAAUCGGCAUGCUUGGAGAGAGGGUCAGUGCCACAGGCUGGACGAUAAGCAAGGAAGAGCAGAGAAGACGGCCAUUUCUGGCGCGUCCAAAUACCAGUAAUCUGCUUCCGUAUCUUCUACCUAAUCCUAAGGCACCUUUCGCUUCCUAGCAAUAUGAACAAUAAUCUCAGCACCCAGAUCUCAAACCUUCCCCGAGACUACAAAAAUUCUACCUAGACAUUAUCCUAGAAUACCGGACUCACUUCCCAAACACCCCCCAGAAACGCCCCUCCACCUUGAUCACUAGACUCCCACGUGCGGCUUAUCCCACAUCCCAAACUCAAAACACUCGCAGGGAAGUCAAAUCGUGAAAUCAACAAGACAAAGUGCAGAAAGAACCUUCCCUGGACUCACGCACACAAUACUCUCCACCCUCCACCUGUGGCCCUUAUCCUACGCGAGCAGUAUUCCUACCAUCGCGUACGGCGAGUCGGGGCUGUCAGUACUGGGGGACCAGGUGCGGGUCUUGUGUAGAGGGAAUUCAGGGCCG